CGUCUUUCAGUUGACAGAACUACAAAUGGGUCACGUUGGCUCGCGUAAUGAUGUCAUCGCUACGCGCCCAGACUCAAGCGAUGCAUGUGCGUAUUUCAGCUAGAAGUUUUCUGUUGUUCCUGGAACCCCAGAGUCGCUUUAGGAGGGGAAUUUAACGAUGGAGGAGCAGGUCACGACCCCCGAAGCUCCGUCAGGUGGGGACACAAACACCGGGAAACGCAAACACGACGACGAGCCGGACCCCCCGGAGACAGGCGGCCGGGGUAAAAAGCGAAGAGGAGCGGGAGGGAAGAAGCUCCGUCCUGGGGAGAGGUACGUCCCACCGCCCCAGAAACGGAACCCGGGGGUCAGCUUCAGCCAGGAACACUUCGACGAAACGUCCUACUUCUUCGAAGGCGGCCUGCGCAAAGUUGUCCCGUAUUACUUUGACUUUAAAACCUACUGCAAAGGCCGGUGGAUCGGGAAAAGCCUACUGGAGGUCUUCAAGAGCGAGUUCAGAGCGGAGUCCAUAGAGUACUAUGAAAAGGCUGCGAAAGAGGGCCGCAUCCGGCUCAACGAGAGUCCUGUGGAUGACCUGUCCGUGGUGCUCAGGAAUAACGACCACAUGAGGAACACCGUGCAUCGCCAUGAGCCUCCCGUAAUCGGCGCGCCGCUGAAGAUCCUGGUGGACGAUGGGGAAGUCCUCGUGGUCAACAAGCCGGCUUCCAUCCCCGUCCAUCCGUGCGGCCGUUUCCGCCACAACACGGUGAUCUUCAUCCUGGGUAAAGAGCAUGGCGUCUCCAAGCUGCACACCGUCCACAGGCUGGACAGACUCACCUCGGGGGUGCUACUGUUCGCCCGGACGCUGGAGACGUCCAAGAAGCUGGACCAGCUGGUGAGGGACAGACAGCUUGAGAAGGAGUAUGUGUGUCGAGUAGAGGGGGAAUUUCCCGAGGGCGAGCUGAUCUGUGAGGAGCCCAUCCUGGUGGUCUCCUUUAAAAUCGGGCUCUGCCGGGUCGACCCGAAGGGAAAAGAGAGCAGAACCGUCUUCCGGAGGCUCAGCUUCAAUGGAAAAACCAGCCUAGUCCGCUGUUUACCGCUCACCGGCCGCACACACCAGAUCCGAGUCCACCUGCAGUACCUGGGCUUUCCCAUCCUCAACGACCCCAUAUAUGGGUCCCACGCCUGGGGCCCCCACAGGGCCAAAGGGGGCCUGGUGGGGAAGAGCGACGAAGAGCUGCUGCAGGCUUUAGUGGAAGAACAUCGCUCUCAGGAAAGUUUACACCUGCUGGACUUUAUAGACGACUGCGGCGCUGCGAAGGAAGCAGAGAAAACAAACGCUUUUCCGACACACACAGAGGAAGAAAACUCCAGCCAGAUUCCACCAGAGGAGCAUCAGAGUACUGGAUCAACUGAAGCUGAAUCGGGUCAGAAAAGUCCCCCAGGAAGCCGGGACCACCUGUGCAGCGAAUGCAGGCUGGUGCGACCGGACCCCACUGAGAAGGAGCUUGUCAUGUAUCUCCACGCUUUACGCUACAAAGGACCGGACUUUGAAUAUUCCACACAGUUACCCGACUGGGCCGAAGCGGACUGGGAGGAGACCGAUCUCAGCUGACCUCAUUUAGUCAAAUUUUUUAUUUAUUUUGUCUCUAAUUUCUGUGGUUUUAUUUUGAUACUUCUCAGGAGAUUUUCUGAAGACGUUGCUGUAAAACGCCUCAGUAGGAGGAUUGUUUGUAUUUAAUUUUAAACAUCUGAAAUAAACCAACCUCUGCUGCUGCUGAAAAAUUUGCUUUAUUUCAGGUUUGUUAAGAAAAAAAACAAAUCAUGGCUCCUAUCUGAAAUUUUGCUUCAGUAUUUUUCAGAUCUAGAAAGAUAUGGGGGAAAUGGUGCACUGAUUGCACUCUUCUCACAAUGUCGAUUUUGGCCGAUACAAUUUUUUUUUGUCUGAAAUGUUGCAAUAUAAAUAUAGUUAUAUCAAGAAAAUUGCUGAGUUUGAAACAGUGGGCUGACUAUUGUUAACUGCAAACAUGAUCUGGUGGAAGAGGACAGUGGCUGAUUUUUAGACUUUUAUGCUGUGUUCACACCAAACGCGUCAAAAAUGAGUCCGACGCUUCAAGUUGGGCGCAUUAGCACUUUGAAGUCAGACGCUUGACAUUUUGCUCUAGACGCGCGUUGGGACAAGCCGUUGUUUUCCGUUGCCGGUCUCUGUACUAUGGCGAAUGAUAUUGAUAGAGUGUCACCAAAAUUAUGUAGUGAAAGCUUCUGAAAUUAUAACGGAGGCCCAGAUGUCGUUGCUGAACAUUUUGUGUUCAGUUUCUGUUGAACAAAAACGUUCGACAGCUGAUAACGACACGACUUGUGUUGGAGCCUCUUUCCUUUUUUCCUCUCCCAGUUACUUUGAACAAUGAUGGACGAAAUAUUGAGAGUAUCUUGGUUUUAUUUACUGAAAUCAACAGAAUGUCAUCGUGUUUGAAUUCACCAGAUAAUUCAGAGGUGUUGCGAGUUUCACAAGCUAGCUGGGCGCUGUUUUCGUCUCACCCAGGCCUAGUUUGGUGACUUGCUAACCUGCAUUGGUGCCUGCAUCUCCUGGCAGGACACCAACUACAGGCCACUACGUCACAUAGCGGACUCUCCAGCAUUGGACACGUUGGACACGCUUGAUGCGUGUGGACGCUCAAAACGCUUGAGUCGUGCAGCUCUUGACCUAUGAAACGUUUUCCCUGACAUGUGUUCACAUAGACUUUGAAUGUAAACCAGACGCUCAAAUCAUGCUCGACGUGAACCCAAAAUUUGUCCAAGAUAAGAUUGGGGGAAAAGAUUGGCUUCAUAUGCAAGAAUCUUCCAAUCACUGAUAUCUCAUAAUUAAGGAAAUGCGUAUUGAUAAAUAACCUGAUCAAAAAAUCGGUUUACCCCUAAACAUGAAAUAUGGAAAACAUUUCCAUUCAUCCACUUGCAUGUGUGUUUAUCAUCAUUAGGAAUAAACCGAUCUAAAAAUUUGGGCUGGUAUCGAUAUACGAUAUCAAUGUUACUGAUGUUUCAGCACCUUUUGGAAAAAAUCGACCAGAAACAGACGGCAACAACAAAGAAUUAAACAUGUCUGGAGGAAACAUCAAAAGUCUGAAUCAAAAGUUUUAUUUCAGGUUUGUGAAAAGGUGGUAACCCAGACAGCUGGAUGUGAUGAUGGUGCAGCUGAGGCGUCUUUUCCACCACAGAAUAAAAAGUCGGACUGUU